GAAUCAAUUCGGGAUCAUCUAAAGAGAAGAAAACGCUGGCAUUUGAACAUGCACUCUUUGUAGGGUGAUGUGGCUGAUACUGGCUCCUACCAUCUGCUUUCCUAUUGCAGCCUGUUUCUUCAACCUGCAGAGGAGAAGCCAGGCUUUCUUUCCUUCUGGAUUGUUAAAACCAUGCACAUUUAUCCUGCAUAGCAAUGCAUUAUAGCCUGUUUUAAGGAAUCUUUUGUGCUUCUGUGCAUAUUCCUACUGCAGGCAAAGUGCAUGAGGAAGGAGCCUGUGCAGGCAGUCGGUAGUGUAGUAGCUGGCUCACGCGUAUGGAUUAGACUCGUGAGGACAGUAACGAUGGGGGCUCGAGCAACGGAAACAACUCGUGAACUGGAAAGCACUUCUAUAAAGUAUCAAAUAGGAGGACAUGCAGAGAAAAUGUGGCAGCGGCUCAAAGGAAUAUUAAGAUGCUUGGUGAAGCAACUGGAGAAAGGUGACAUCAAUGUGGUGGAUUUAAAAAAGAACAUUGAAUAUGCCGCAUCUGUGCUGGAGGCAGUUUAUAUUGAUGAAACCAGAAGGCUUCUGGACACUGAGGAUGAACUCUCGGACAUCCAGUCGGAUUCGGUCCCGCUGGAAGUGCGAGACUGGUUAGCUUCUACAUUCACAAGGGAGAUGGGAAUAGUGAAGAGGAGACCAGAAGAAAAGCCUAAAUUUCGAAGCAUUGUGCAUGCUGUACAGGCUGGGAUUUUUGUAGAAAGGAUGUACCGAAGGACCUCCAGCAUGGUUGGUUUGGCUUACCCAGCGGAAGUGAUUGUAACAUUUAAGGAUGUUGAUAAAUGGUCUUUUGACGUAUUUGCCCUAAAUGAAGCAAGUGGAGAACACAGUCUGAAAUUUAUGAUGUAUGAGCUGUUCACCCGAUACGACCUUUUGAACCGUUUCAAGAUCCCUGUUCCCAACCUUAUUACAUUUGCCGAAACUCUUGAGGUUGGUUACAGCAAAUACAAAAAUCCGUAUCACAACUUGAUCCAUGCAGCUGAUGUUACUCAAACUGUGCAUUACAUAAUGAUUCAUACUGGUAUCAUGCACUGGCUCACAGAACUGGAAAUUUUAGCAAUGAUUUUUGCAGCUGCCAUCCAUGAUUAUGAACAUACGGGGACCACAAACAAUUUUCAUAUUCAGACAAGGUCUGAUGUUGCAAUAUUGUACAAUGAUCGCUCUGUUCUUGAAAACCAUCAUGUAAGUGCUGCUUAUAGACUAAUGCAAGAAGAAGAGAUGAACAUCCUGGCAAAUUUAACCAAAGAUGACUGGAGGGAGUUGCGUAGCUUGGUCAUUGAGAUGGUCUUGUCAACAGAUAUGUCGGGUCAUUUCCAGCAAAUUAAAACGAUGCGACAUACUCUACAGCAGGCAGAGGGGGUAGACAAAGCCAAAGCCAUGUCUUUGAUUCUACAUGCAGCAGACAUAAGCCAUCCAGCAAAAUCCUGGGAACUGCACUACCGGUGGACCAUGGCCCUGAUGGAAGAAUUUUUUCGACAGGGAGACAAGGAGGCUGCUUUAGGUCUUCAGUUUUCCCCACUCUGUGACCGCAAGUCUACUUUGGUAGCUCAGUCCCAAAUAGGUUUCAUUGAUUUCAUAGUAGAACCAACAUUUUCUCUCCUUUCGGACUCCAUGGAGAAAAUUGUUAUGCCUCUUAUAGAGGAAGCUACAAAAUCUGAAAGUCCUGCAUUUGGGACACCCGGCCAGAAUAGUUUGGGAGCAGUAAGCAAUGUUGAUGCACAAAGACGACACAAUUUUAGAAGUACAGCAAGUGACGGAGCAGCUCACACAGAAAAUUCCCUAGCAACUGUAGACCUAAGAAGCUUUAGGGACAACCUGAUGCAGAUAAUUCAAGCAAACAAAGAAAGAUGGAAGGAAUUAGCAGUAGAAGAAGAACUUGGGAAAAAUGUUGAUGAACAGGAAAAAGACCAGAGCAGAAAUUCCACAGAUGCACAGUUACAGGAAGAGACAAGAAGCAGACAAAAUGAGAGUAGUCAGGGAAGUGAUGGUACAGCCUGUCCUCCCAGACCCAUCGUCCUACAAGUAGUCACUUCCAACACUUCUCUGAGUGAUGAAUCCAACUCAGAAAAAUGCACUAACUCUGAUCCGAACCAGAAAGAUCUCACCGAUGCCCAGCAAGAAACACAGAAUACAGACCCACUGAAUGGUGAGCCUACAUACUGUAAGCAAACAGAAGAUAUAGUAAAAGCUGCAGAACAGAAUCAAGCACUGGUACACAACUAAAUUUACUGUUUCUUAAAAGCUUCUGACGUUUCUGGCAGGACAGAAGAAAAGAACACUGUCUGUUCCUACCUCCAUGCUCUCAGAGGCUGUUGUCUGUCAACUUAUUCUCAGAUCAUCUUGUUUCUGUGGAGAGUGAUUGGGCAAAAUGAUCAGAAGUGUAAAACAUCAAACCCUGAGCAGGGAAAUCAAGGCACCAAACAACUCUCAAGAUUUCAGUCAUAUUUGUUGUUGCUAUUUCCUUUCCUAUUAUGCUUUCUUAAACUAGCCAAAAUACUUUUUCCAGCCAAAGUUGGACCUUGCUUUAUUGCAUCACUGACACCAGACAUUUCCAAGAGACAUGUGAAAACAUGUUAAAGGUCAUCUGGACUGGAUUGCUGUUACAUGUCACUGCCACUGGCACCUAAUGGAAAUAGAAAGCCAGAACAAAAUACUGUCACAGAAGCUUGUUCAUGCAAUCAUGCUGCAUGCAACGUGAAAGUUCUACUUGUUGUAGAACUUGUUGUACUUGUCUCCUUAAAAUAUCUGAAAAUACAAGUAUGGGGACUGUGCAGGAAGUCAUGGAGUCAUAUUAUUGAACCUGCAUGAAUGAUGAUUCUUUCCCAUUGGGGUGUCUGCCACAUGGAGAGGAAUGGUGUUUAACAAAUCAGUAUUGGAAAUACUGCUUUAAAAUCAACUAAAUAUCACCCAGUAUUAUGAUUAAAACAUACUCAUCCCUACAGCUGCCCUCCACCAAAGCAUCGUGUUGCCUCUCAGAACUGGAAGGUGACUUUGAGGCCUUAUUGUUUGCUCAAGUGCAGUGUUGAUGGCAUGGAUCUGACAGUCUCUUCCCUAGUUUUGCUUCAUACAAACACCAGAGCAUCUUUCUCUGAGAGGCAGCACAAGUGGAGGACGCAGGCACUUACCUCUGCCAGAUGUCUUGGAAUGAGCCCUGCAGCCCAGCUGUGCCCAGAAGAGACUCCACGUUCAUCUCUGCUCCUGCCGAGCCACAUGGGACCUUGUGCAGCCUGCACCCGACCUCACUUCCCUCUGCUGCAGCCAACCAGGAACCUUCCUCUCUCUUCCUUCACAUUCUACACUCCUGGUUAACUUGGGUCACUGCGUUCCCCUUUUUGGACCCUGUAUUACCUCACUGAUCAAAAAGUCUGCAGUCAGCCAUGGGCCACUCAGAGGCAGACUUAUGGGGCAGCAUUGCUCCCUGCUAUGCAGAGCCCUGGGUGCUCAUCUGCUGCUUCAGGAACCUAACUAGAGCUCCCAUGUACCACAGCCUCAGCCUCCAGAGGACACAUUUUGUCCUGGCUGAAGAAGGCACAGUAAACCAGCCAACCCACACUGAGGGGCACGUGUGUCUCUUUUCCUUUGACUGUCUCCUUUCUGACAGCAGAGUCACUGAAUUUGAGCUGGGAACAAUAUGAGCUCUGAGCCCUGGGAUAAGGGCAUGACAAAAGGUGGAAUUUCUAUUGUUGAAUAUGUAAGCCAUAUAUACACUAUGCACAGUUAGAGUGCAUAGUUUUAACUUAAGAAAUGUUUGUGCAUAUAGAUUGUAAAAAGUGCAUUUAAAUUGUUUUGUGUAUCUGGUCCAGGGCUUGUAUUUGGCAUGGACAAAGUUCUGUACAGUGCAGCUGAAGAAAUGUUAACAAAUGAAAUUGUAUCAUAUAUGUUAUAAUGCAAUUGAUAUUUUUUUGCUAAGAGUUAAGAAUUUAUAUAUUCUGGCAGUGUUUGAGCAAAUCCUUAGUAGCCUGGAUCACUCUGUGCACCUCUGCAUCCAUUAUGGGGAAUGUUGGACACUUUUUUUUCUUUAUAAUGAAAUAUUUCUUAUUGUUACACUGAACAAGAAACAUCAUUGAUAUCAGACUUUUUUUUUUUUUCUUUUCUAAUUGCAAAUUGCCAUAUGCUGUGUCAGGAGAAAACUUUCUUUUUUAAGAUCAGAUAUCUUUGAUCUUAUGCCUUUUCAUUCAAAACAUGGAAUCUUAUUUCAGAUAUGUUGAGCAUCGGUAGUUCCCACCAAAUUUUAAAAGUGAAAAAUUUGACAGAUAUGUUUAAAAAUUGGGCCAGCUACGUCUUUGUCUGUAACAGUGCAUUAAUCAGCAUUGUGAUUUAUCCUUCCCUUGAGAACAAAACUUUGGAGCAAUCCAAAUUUAAUGUCUGUACUGUACUUUCAGCUUCAGACUUCUACCAUAGUUGAACUUGACUUUUCCUUUCUGUGAUUGAUAUACUAUACAAAAGUCUUCUCCUGGAAAUACAAGCAGAACUUAUAGUGGAGCACUUCUGCAGAGCACUGGGAGCAUCCUGCAGGCUUUUGGUGUCCUGUUGUCCUCCAGCAGGUAGAAAAAGCUCCUGAGCUCACAGGAGGCACUCAGUGCCUGCUUAAUACUGAAAUGUGAUUCGUGUAUAAAUAAUCCUACUUCAUUUUUAUUCAGUCUUAAUCACUGUGGUAGGUGUUACUGAAAGAAGAGCCCUUGGUUUUCCUUUAAAGACAGAUAACUCUCUUUCUUCCUUUAAUCUUAGCAAGGUUUUAUCCAGACAUGACCCAAAGCUUAGCGUGUUGUUUGGAUGAGGAGAAAUUUAUUUUGGCUGAGAAGACCAUAAUAACCAACAUGUGUCAGUUAAGGCUUUGACCUUGUGUGGAAUUGACACUCAGAUGGCAGAGCAGCUUCCUAUGGGGGCCUCUCCCAGGCAGGACUUUCUCUCCAAACCCUGUAAGGCUGUGUUACCAAAGCAUUGCAUGGGGCUAUAAGAACUGGUGUUUGUAUCUGCAUCUCUCCCACAGCAUUAUGGGCAUGUACCCCUGCAUCAAGCACACUGAGGAGCUGUAGCUAUAGAUUAGCCCUCAAAAUUUUUAUUUUGUAUUUUUGAGAUAUCUGAUAAAUAUAUUAUGUAAUACUGUUAUGGUUUAUGAUCUAGCCAGUAUUUUUUAAUUUAAUUUUCAAGAAGGCAGUCUACAAUUGUGUGUUUCUAUUCUGCUGUAUUUGUCCAUAUUUCCUAUGAUGAUAUUCCUAAAUAAAUUUAAUUUGAGGGCAAGGAU